AUUCCUUAAAUACCCCUGACUUUCCGUAUAAUCUCCACCCCGACCUCUCUCCUAUAUACACACAAUACAUACACCAUCCCCACAAACCACGCAUUUUCUACUGGUACAACUACACACUGCUCCACACACUCAACCACCACACUGUUCUCCACCUCGAAUUUCGUGCCAUGGUGGACCCCGCGGUUACCGGCGGCGAUCACGGCGGCUCGGAGGCGGAGUUUCUGUUACGCGAGAUAAGCAAUGGCGAGCACUCGUGGCGGCUAAAUUUCGACGGAUUUCAAGUCUCGUCUCAGCAUAAAGAGAAGCCUCCUCGUGGCCUCCAGGAUUGUUUAGGCGUUUUAGGCCCAGAAGAUAACAUAGCCGAGUAUUAUCAACAACAGGUAGAAAUGUUGGAGGGAUUUAAUGAAAUGGAUGCCUUGGCAGAUCGUGGUUUUGUACCAAGAAUGUCCCAGGAAGAAAGUGACAGAUUGGCAAGAAGUGAGACAGCAGCCAUUAGAAUAUCAAAUUUUGCAAAUAUGAUUCUUUUUGCAGCCAAGGUUUAUGCAUCUGUUAGAAGCGGUUCACUGGCCAUUAUUGCUUCAACAUUGGACUCGCUUCUUGAUCUUCUGUCAGGGUUUAUCCUCUGGUUUACAGCAUUCUCCAUGCAGAAGCGGAACCCUUAUCAAUAUCCUAUUGGAAAGAAUCGAAUGCAGCCAUUGGGUAUUCUUGUUUUUGCCUCUGUCAUGGCAACCCUUGGGCUGCAGAUAAUACUGGAGUCAGUGCGUACAUUGGUAAAUGAUGAUUCUGACUUCAAGCUGACAAACGAUCAAGAGCGAUGGGUUGUUGGCAUCAUGCUCUCUGUGACAAUAGUAAAACUCGUGUUGUGUUUAUAUUGCCGCACAUUCACCAAUGAGAUUGUCAAAGCUUAUGCACAAGAUCACUUUUUUGACGUUAUUACCAACAUUAUUGGCUUAGUGGCUGUACUUCUUGCCAAUUACAUUAGUCAAUGGAUGGAUCCUGUUGGUGCUAUUAUUUUGGCUUUAUAUACCAUUCGUACAUGGUCACUAACUGUCUUGGAGAAUGUGAACUCCCUAGUUGGAAGAUCGGCAUCACCAGAAUACUUGCAAAAACUCACGUACCUCUGUUGGAACCACCACAAAGCAAUAAAACAUAUUGAUACAGUCCGGGCAUACACAUUUGGAUCUCAUUACUUUGUUGAGGUGGACAUCGUUCUGCCUUCUGACAUGCCCCUGCAGGAAGCACAUGAUAUUGGAGAAGCCUUGCAGGAGAAACUUGAGCAGUUGCCGGAGAUUGAGCGAGCAUUUGUUCAUUUGGAUUACGAGUACAGUCACAAACCUGAGCAUGCCUUCAACUGUAACUAACAAGUCACAACUAUUGUAUAUUUGUUUGACAUUUAAAUUUCACUUGAAACCACUGAAAUCAAUUAAAACUGAUUGUGUUCAUUUAGCAUUUAGGCAUGGGGUUCAAGAUC